AAAUUCAACUAUAGCAAACAAUACUAGCCAACAUUUUCUCUAAUGGAAGUAAAAAGAGUGCAAGCAUUAGCCAAUGUCGGACUUGAAGAACUUCCACCGCAAUUUGUCCGAUCUGCCGAUGAACGGCCGGAGAAUACUAAAGCUAUAGAAGGGCUCCCAGUGCCUGUGAUCUCCAUGUCCAUGCCACAUGAUGAUCUUGUCAAUGAACUGUAUAAUGCAUGUAGCCGUUGGGGUUUCUGUCUCGUAACGGAUCACGGUGUACCGAUACCGUUGAUUCAAAAAUUGAAAGAAGUUGGUCAGCAAUUUUUUGCAUUGCCACAAGAGGAAAAGGAGGCAUAUGCUAAUGAUCCUAUUAAUGGAAAAUUUGAAGGUUAUGGUACAAAGAUGACUAGGAAUGAUGAUGAGAAAAUUGAAUGGAUUGAUUAUUUUUUUCAUGUUAUUGCUCCUCUUUCCAGAGUUAAUUAUGAUAUGUGGCCUAAAAGUCCUUCUUAUCGGGAAGUGACAGAAGAAUACAAGAAGGAGAUAGAGCGAAUAACAGAUGAAAUACUGAAGCUGCUAUCCAAAGGACUAGGUUUGGAAGAAAAUGUUCUGAAAUCCCGUUUGGGAGGUGAGAAAAUAGAGAUGGAAAUGAAAAUAAAUAUGUAUCCGCCAUGCCCGCAACCUCAACUAGCUCUUGGAGUUGAACCUCAUACAGACAUGUCUGCUCUUACCAUUCUUGUUCCAAACCAUGUUCCAGGCCUUCACCUUUGGAAUGAUGGCCACUGGGUUGCUGUUAAUUACUUGCCUAAUGCACUCUUCAUCCAUGUUGGAGACCAGCUUCAGAUACUGAGUAAUGGAAAAUACAAGAGUGUUCUUCACAGGAGUGUGGUGAAUAAGGAAAGGAUGCGUAUGUCAUGGGCAGUGUUUAUCGCACCUCCACACGAGGCAUCGAUCGGACCUAUUCCAGAACUCGUGGAUGAUCGGGAUCCACCGAAAUAUUCAACCAAAACUUUUGCAGAGUUCCGAUACAGGAAGUUCAAUAAGCUCCCUCAGUAAAAAAAAUCAUUUGAAUGUUCUUUUUGUCUCAGUUGAUAGAAUAAAUAUUUGUACUCGUAUGAGGAAAAUUCAAAUUUACAUAGAACUCAUGUUUUAUGAGGAAAA